AUGCAACUUUACUUCUCGUUGCUCUUUUUUCUGUUUGCGGGAGCAUCAAGUGCGGUCGGCGGGAGUAAGUAAAUAAAUUUUUAGUUUUAGAUAAAGUGGCUUUCUAAAUCCGAUGACUAUUUUUGUCAUUUCUUGUGAAAAUAACUUAAAUCUCAGAUAAAAUUUCCAGUUUUAAUUAACGGGUCUUUGCCCAAGAUUUUAGCAAAACGACAUAUGAUAAUAUUUUUAUGCAGGUUUGUGCAAAAUCAUGCAGAUUAUUGAUUCUAGGGAAGGAGUAACAAGCUCACUCAACCGACCGGCAACCGUACAAGAAAAAUCAGUUCAACUUUUCAACAGAGGUGGUAAAUCUCAUUCCGUGAUGAUAGAGUAAUGUGUCUCACGAUAACUGAAAAGUGGAUGAAGCAGAGGCAGUUAGCCAGUUUCUCAGGUCCGUGAAGAAUGGGGCAGACUAGAGGACGGGUACCGGGAUGGUUUUAAGGUGUGAUGGCGAAUAGGGGACAUUAUAGUAAAGAGCUGAUGCACAGUAUGAAUAACUCAUUCAGGCCCUUGUCAUCCUGCUGAUCAAACUGCCGCGUAAAUUUGUGUCUCAUCACCACAUCAUUCCGGCUCUCCAGUACUCUCUUUUACUCGCAGUAUAUAAAUUUUGAAUAAUGGUAAAUAGGCAAAUAAUGACCAACAACAGCCUUUGGACGACUUGUAGUCUUCAUGAAGGCGGAUAUUAUUCCAGACAAAGGGACAGUAGGAAUCGAAUCAGAAAGCUUGCUCCAUUCCACAUUGACUCAGUAAUGAUGACAGCAAAUAUUCCUUCAUUUUGGAAGUGGAUUGACCACCGCCCACUCUAAAACUAGAAAUGUGCAAUAACGUGAGUGCCAUCCGCACUGGGUGAUUGCAGUACAAAGUUGAAGUUACUGCUUUAUGCAUUUUUGUUCGGGUGUAGAAAUCAUGUAGUCUUACACAUCGGAUUCACAUGAUGGUUCGCAUCAUUAAAUUUACCGUACGUUAUGUUCGACACCUAAUAACGGCCGGUUUUUAGUCCCACAUUAUUAUAGGAUUUCUUGUAUACUGGAUAAUCCAAUAAAAACAUGAUAGUGACAAAUUCGUUUUUACUUUAAUAUUUUUAAGGACUUUUUCAAUGGGACCCUUAAAGGCAUAGACUAUUUCGCUUACAAAUGCUGAACUAUGCCGAGGAAGUGUCCUACGUGUAGAAAGGUCGCUAAAAACAGGACCACCAUAUAAUAAACCAGACAGAAUAACAGAAAGUCUUUUAAUUAUCGCAGAUGCGGCGUUUGCAGCGUCUGCAAAGAAGCUUCUACACUAUGUUCUGAUAUUUAUAUCCUCACCCCUCGAAUCGCCUACUAGAUAUUAGCCAUCAGGCACUUCUAAUGAUGUUUGUCUUUCCAUCUCAAUUUGCGUGAAUUAUUUGAACAAUCUCCACCUUCGCCUCAUUUGGGCCUGCAUAUAGACUCUUACAAAACAUCGUCCAGUUUCGUAAUUGCAUUUUAUAUUGAAGUUCGAGUUAGGAGUAAUUGCAAGUUCACGCAUUCAGUAGAAGAGUUUUCCCUUUGGAGGAAGAAGAAGGAUGAUCCAUUUCUGGCCCAUUCGUCCGAUAUGCAUGGCCCAUCUUUCUGUUUAGAAGGAAUCGAAUGUGAAUCCAUGUACUUGUAAUAUUUUCUGCACUACCGAUUGCCGUCACAGCUUCAAGUUAUAACGAACUCGCUUUUGCCGCAACAGUUCAGUUAAGCGUACUGGCAUCACCGUGCUGUCCUAGAUAAAUUUAAUUACCAUUUACGAGGCUUAAUGUUGUAUCCCAGCGGGUAGAUGAGUUAAUUCGCGAAUUAAGUGAAAAAUGCUGAGUCAUUAGCAAUUCCUCCUUUGUUGCCUCAGGCAUGUCUGUUUUUGAGAACCGUUAAAUCAGAGGCGUCCACCGGGGUUUCAGUAGGUUUGCUUAAAAUUCCACCCUUAAUACUGUUUAUGAGUUCUUUGAUGACGACAUCAGGGCAAGUAAAAUCUAAUCAACGCUUUUACUUUCUGUAGUUCAACACACUAGUUUGCAUUAUAAUAACGUCCCAUGCCUUCAGUAUAGCUUUUUUAACACAUCGAGGACGAGAGUAAUGAUCGCACGAUUUUACAAUUCUGCAGACAAUAAAAAUGCUUUGAGCGUGCAAGCCAUUGCAACGAGUUCGGAAUCCAUCCAAGUAACUUGGGAGCUACCGUCAAGUUACACCAGAAAAGUUAUAAAGAAUCACGUUCUUUAUCUGCUGGGAUCCGCUGUUCUUGCGCAGAUUUCGGUAGAACCAGAGACAAAAACAUACACGUUCACAGGAUUAUCGCCAUUCACCAACUACUCAGUCGCUGUACAGACUAUUUUCGCGGGCACUAAAAAGCUCGCUUUGUAUGGCGGAACGUCGACCGUCACAUGGCCCACAGGUUAGUCUAUAGCUGCCAGAUUUGAUGGUUAUAUUUUUUUUAUUUGUUAAAUUAGCCUCAAUUGGCAAUUACGCAGCCAUCUAGCAGUGACUAAAUGCCAGACGUUUGAACAAAGCGAAGAAACAAAGUGAAUUGCGAUUAGAAACACAUCUUGACCAAACGAAAUUUCUCCCGAAAGAUGUCAUAGACGUUUGUUAUAUAUACAGAAUUUGUAUGAAAAAAUGUCUUUUAGGCUUCAUUAGACUCCUUGACAUCGAGAGACCUACAGACUGUCUGUCUACUGCUUACGGGCUUCGAAUAACCUGAUAGGUGGCUGCCUGUUUGUGAUCAUCAUCAGCCAAACAAAGCUUGUUUGCUUCGUAAAGCCAAAGAAUCGGUGCGCGUCCAUUCCUGAUUGAAUAAAUAGUCGAUCGGCAGCGACAAGAAAUGGCUGGCGGCAAGGCACUGAUGUACUUCGGUUCGAUGAAGUGCUUGUGGCCCAUCCGGUAGACCCCAGUGUUGAACCAACUGCGCCAGGUGCGUCUGUGCGCAUUUUUUUGUUUCUGGUCCCUUCUGCUGGGCAGGUAUGAUUGGAUAAAUGAAGCCAAAAUAAGCCCGAUACGGUACUGUAUCGAUCUGCUCGCAUUCUCUGUCGUCCCUCCUUGCUGCUAUAUGUAUAUAUCAAUAUGCAUAAAGACUCGAGGUCCAGAUAUGUUGUCAUGUUUAUCGUCCCUCGAAGAAGACGAAGAAAAUGCGCGGGCGAAUUCAUGAGCUAAAUUGCAUUUGAACUGAGGUUUCGGAAUCCCUUUUGUUUCCAUCAUCAGAUUAGCAUGUUUGUUAUUCCCGCUGGCCAUGAUUCAGCGCAUUUUCAUGGUUAUCUUAUCGUUGGCCUACGAUCACUCACGCUUUCUCGAAGGUGAAGAUGUGAUUUAGCUACCGAGUGUGGCCGUAGUCCAGCGACAGCUUGCCCUUUCUGUUGAUUGCAAAACUGGUGCUCGUGCAAUAUUGUGCCGAGGAGUUUGCUUGUUUCACCAACAUGCCUUGCAUUGAACUAUUGUCAGGGUAUGCUGAAAACCACUGCAGUCUUUCAGCCUCAUGAUUUGCUGUCUGGUUAUUAAUGUCGGUUUAUGAGGAACGCCAACUCUCUAAAGGUUUCGGAAUUCUUGACGUCGCCUCUGAAACCCUCUUCACAUAGGGUAUCGAGAUCCAGAACUUCGGUUUCUCCCCGGUCGAUCGCGCAGAAUGGGGCCUACUGAGACAAAUGCAUACGAAAAACUUCGGUUAACAGUUGACUUCAAAUGGUGGACAUGGGUAACUCACCUCGUUCCUCCCGCCAUUGUCGUCGCUACAGUGUUUUUGGGCGCCUUGGAAAAGGGGACGCUGGUGGAUUCAACUCUGUCUGGACCAAUUUUUGAGGCGGUUUUGCAGAGGCUCAAAAAGCUGGUAUUCAGUUCGUACCCCCAGAGGUUGUGAGCCAGAUAUGUUGAUAACAUAUUCGUCCUAAUAAAAAGGAGCGAAGUGCAGUCUUUAAAAGCACUCCCGAAUUCAAUUUUUCCCGACAUACAGUUUACCAUGGAAGAAGAAAAAGUCAACAAUCAAUUUCCCUUCCUCGACUUAUGAGUCACAAAACUGACAGACGGCAAUAUAAAUACGACUGUCUCCUGUAAGGCAAAUAACACUAAGCCCAAAUCAAAAGCUAUCAUCCCGUCGGUCACAUAAGCAGUCGUAUCAGGACCCUUUCCAACGCACGGACAAAAUAAUCCUUAUGCAGUUCAUAUUACACAAAGGUAUGUACCCCUUCUCAGUCGGAAUCAACGCAACAGUUUACUUCCACAAUUUACUAUGCCUAUUAGAACUAAUUAUACCCAGCACGGCGGGGCGGCACUCCAGUACUUUUCAGUAAAGUUUCAAAAUGCUAACUGCCUUUCGGGAGGAUCAGUGUUAAUGAUAUACGUCUUUGCACUGACCCCCGUCUUGCAUAUUUGAACUUGUAAACAUUCUAACAUUCUUAUUCACAGCUGGUCAACAGGCGAAAGAUCUCAGUUUCCCACAUACAAGAGCUCGGUCGAUCGAGGUGACAUGGAGUGCCCCGGAGAAGCCGGGUGGAGAAAUAAAGACCUUCCAAGUCCAAGCGACGAACACACGAACAGGCAAGAAAGUGACAAUUGAGACGUUGGAAACCACAACAAGUUUCUUCGGUCUGGAUCCGAACACAACGUACAAUAUAUCAGUCAAAACUCAAAAUAAGCAACUCAGUGGUCAUGGUGGCGGUGUCGGUCCAGCUGUUACGGCUGAAGUAACGACAUUGCAGUUAGGUAAGUGUUGCCAGUAUUAUUCAUUGUACUUCUACGCAAUCACAAACAUUUCUGCAGAAGGUGCUUAGAUUUUAGCACAAAUGAUCAUGCGAUAAAAUCCGGAAGACAAUAAGGUGCACGUUCCUUUUAGGCCAGCGCAUGCGCAUACGGUUUGAGAGGAUGUUGUGGAUAUUCGAGUGAAAUCAUGGCAGAUAGAAUUUAGCAGACUAGCGGGAAAGGGGAACACUGCGUGUCGAGUAUUCUGUAUUUCGUUAUAUGGAGGGAUAUAGGAAUUUAAAGCUACAUUAUCAAUAUUUGACGUGGCUGGCGAUGGCUGUGGCUAAUAACAUCCCCUUUAGCGCGCGUAGUUUCUGUUGAGCAGCCUGUCCUCCAAAAUAAUUCCUCAACGCCCCAGUCUUGCUGCUCACGACCAAGCGCGUUAUCCUGCAGUACAGAGACCAGCGGACGUAGCGGGAAAUGAAGAAAUCUUAAGUUUUAACGUGGUUAUCAUAUGUAUUUGUGAUCGAGCAAUAACCCAUUUAAAACUUAAGAACAUAUGGGGCUCAUAGCCGCGCCAGCUGACCAGUAGGCACCAAGUUAAGCACUUUGACACUUAGAAGCGUCCCAUCGACCUGUCAUCGGAUAUCGACAAAAUUGGUUCAUGCCGAACUGAAGAUAGCCAAUCUGCUUCUUGACGAAAAUUUUCCUACUUUGCUGAAGGGAUUAUUGCACAUAUUCAGGAUUUGAUGCAACGAGAUGUAUAAAUCAACAUAUGCGCGCCGACAACUGUAUUUCUUUGAAAGCCGACUUUCAUAAUGAUACAUGCAUUCGCAAGCACUUAACAUGUUUUACUUAAGUGCAUUUCGCCUGGCAUCUAAUAUCCUUCUGAUUCUUGGGUUGCAUCGAGGUACAGAAAUAUGCAAAAAAUCGCUGUAUAUUAACAGGAUGACUCUGCUUAUUGAUCGGCACUAUUCUCGUUCGUUCUUACCGCGUCUUUAUUUGAAUAAAUACGAGUGUUCAUAAUAUGACUGCACAAUCUUCUCUAUGUCUGUUGUGAUCGGCAGAACACGUGCCAGACGUGGUCCAAGACAUCGUUACCCACAAUUGACCAAAACGUUUGCUAAACGCUGGAUGUCCACGUCCUUUGUGGACCGCUGACCAGUGAUGUGAUUUUGCUGAUAUUGCGGUUGGAUUCCCAUCUCUACAUAUUUGGGACUUCGGAGAGCACAAGCAUGUUUGUGACCCAAGACUGGUAUUUCAAGCAGUAUUUACCAAGUGACGUAGGCGAAUAUUUGUACGCCUAACGACUUGUCGCUUUCAGCGAACUGACUCCGGCCUUAUAUGCUAAAUUUGCUGAAUAAUGCAUGUUUGCAUGAUCUCUUCCUUGUUUUCGAGGUCCCCCGAACGCUGAUCUCGAUUGCAGCAUUAUCUUCUCUAAAACGACUGCCUUAAACUGCAUAAUGGUAGUCUGAUUGGUGUUCUAGCUCUUUCGUCACUUCUAACUGGUUUUCAGCACACCCUUUUAUCAUUUUUAUUGCUAAUAUCCUCUGAGUUUGAUACAAACGUUUAGUAGUCAUUGGAAUAUCAGUCUGUAUAUGCUUCCAUUUCUGAGUUUACUCAAUAACUUCGUCUUUAUAAACUUACUGCCGAUCUUAAGGUUCGCGAAAAAGUCACGUAACUUGGUAUUAUUGGCGGAAUUCUGCAAACCGCUUGUUGAGUGAGUCGUUAGAUCGGUAGGCCAACAUAAAUUUGCGUGAUAUUUGUGUUAGCCAUGCAAAUUCCCUACCACAGAAUGCUAACCCGGAACGAAAGUUUGACAGACCUAGCGCCUGGAAUUCCACGUAAAAUCCGCCACGCACUUCAUCACUGUCUACACUGUACUCGCGUAUUCGCUUGUACUUGGACACUUCAAUCGCACUCGCACACGCAUGAAUGUUGCCUCGUAUUCAUUUACUAAACUUUCAGUGAUAGGCAAUCUUUCAUGAGAACGCCUAUGAGCUUGCGUGGGAUGUAGUAUAUGCAGGUCUUACUUUACAUCAGUUGCAUCAUUAGCAGACGAUAAACUUGGGCAAAGAAAGUGAAACCGACGCCAAGUUGCAUUUUCUCAUGACACUUCAUGGCUCCCCUUAUGUAGGGUCCUAGCAAAAACAUACAAUAAUCUUUGCAGCUCAAAGACCUCAGACAUCGAGCUUCAGAAAGUUGCUGAGAGGCGGAAUACCCUGACCCAAUACGUAGCUGAAUGUCAGACUGCAACGUUUCAUUCCUGAUGUGACAUCCAUAACACCGUCACUCAUGUAAACUGCAAUCAUUUCGUGGAUACGUCGUGCUGGGGGCCAGAUCAUGUGUGACGCAAGAACGCGGACAGUGCGACUUUUUCAAUCACUUCUUACAUACGUAUUAACAAUAUCAUGCCUUAGGCCAACUCUGUCUACGCCAAACCGCAGACACAAUCGAACCCCAUCUACGUGGGCCCAUAUUGCGCGAUACGACACCGGAAUCCCUGUGGCUUUCCUCCUUCGGCAUCCGUAGCACGGGAGCACAUAUCCAUCGGUGUCAAGCCUCAUUAACUGCUGGGCAAUGGGUGUCCACAUUGUCAUUUGGCCACAUUAGAUAACAGUCCACUUGCUUGGUAGUAUACUGCCACCUUCUAUGAGUUUAUAGAUUCGGCUAUUUCCUCCGCUCUGGUCAGAAGGUCAAAUUGCGGUCGUCCGACUAUUCGGUGACCUAGGGCCGCUUGUCUGUAUUUUAGAAGUAAAAAGCAACCAUUGUCAGCUACCCUGCUCAUAAAUGUAUUUCAUUAUUUUGCGUAAACAUUACAGUAGUCAGUUAUCUUAUUAUGAAGAUAGAAACAAAAGUUCAUAUUUGCGCUAUUUGACUUUUCCCUUGCUCAUUAGGGUGCAUUUCCAUGUCUCCUCUAAUACUAAUGUGUAUUUUGCCGCCUCGCAGUUUAUUUCCGCAAGUAAAGUAUUUGGCACCUGCCGUUCUUAUCUCCUAUUGGUUAUUCGUUUCAUUGGUUCAUAAGCUCGCGCAAAUUUGCAAGAGGCGGAUUAUCCGAUCUCCUUAUAUUUAUUGAGAGUUGUUUAUUAUUUAUUUUUCAGUUAGCACGUUUACUUCCGUUGCUAUAUAUAGGCAUAGAAAAGAAUUGAAGAGGAAACCCACCUAUUUUUGAGUUCUGAUGUAUGCAUUGUGCUCUCCUUCCUCGGCGAUGCCCCACCCGUAAAACCUCUAUUAUCACCAUUCCCAUAUUACACGAGCGUAAGGAUACCGGUUGAGAAGUUGGGUUGCACAACUUACCGCUGCCAAUUUUCCAAUUGGAAUAAGGUAGAUGAACUGUCCGCUAUUUGAAUGAAGUGUUGAUUGAUGACCAGACUCCAUGGGUUCUUACGAAACAAUGGAAAAUCGAUAAGCGAUAAUGAUUACCACCUUAACUUUUUGUAUUGAAGUAAAUAUGGCGAAAGAGAACCGACACACUGACAGCGGUCGAUGUUUGUGGGAUCAUAGCAACAUCUGUUGCGCAAACAAUUAAAUAAAUUGAUUUUUAAUAGUUUCAUGGUUGAAGGUCUCCGAUGAAUGCAUUCACACGUUGUAAAUAAAACAAAAACUCCAGUAAUUAGGCAGAAAAUCCCAGCAGCUGCAGAGGAACUCUUUAAAUUCAGACAGCCAUAUACCAGAUAAGAAGUUCCUGAGGGUCAAACUCCAGUCCUUUACCCGCAAAAUACCAAGUUUGUCGUUUUAAAACUAAGACGAUGACCAAGCGGCUGCCAUGACAAGUAAUUUCAUUAUAAAUUUGAUGUGUUUCCAUGUUUACCGAUUAGAGGAUGGAGCACGGAGAAGCAUAUUCUGUAUUCAGCUACCUUUCAGAACGCUCUCACUCUGACGCACAACGACUGUCCACCAAUAAUGUGUGUACGUGUAUGGUUGAAGGACGACCACAGAUCAGUUAUUGGCACAGGCGCGUCCAGCAGUACUUUGGUGUUUGGUCCAGUGCUACGCAGGCAGUCUCAUAUCGAUUAGAAGAAUAUGUUGAGACUGGGGUACCAACAAAAAUACUGGAAUCGAGUGGUUGUUUCUAGCUUGCUGACUGUAGUCUGAUAAUCUUAACUUGCCUUACAUUUACAAGACCUGAAAUUCGAAUCCGCAUUCCUUGAUCACUGAGCCUUGGCAAAGUAAACGAUCUUUAAUUAAACCGUGGAGUAUCUGUCAUGUUUGUUGCGAUCUGGAACACUAACUAGGGUAGAUGGGCGUACACCGACUAGGUUAUCGGACCUGUUCAUGCCGUUUUGCCUUGAGAAUCAACCUAUAGACCUCUUAAACAGUCGCGUAGUUGCUAAUAAUAAAUGAUAAAACAGAAUCUGCGACAAAGUUAAAGGAGUCAGUGAUGACAUUUUCUGGCAUAGUACACUUAGUUAAUAUUCCCAAUUAGAACCGGCAGGAUAACGAUCACUUGAAAGAGCAGUAGAGCGUUGAACUUCAUAAGCCGAGGCGACCAGAAAAAGCAACUGCAUACCUGAAGUUGGUUAAGGCUGGUUAAAGACAACAACUAAGUCAGAAAAAUCCAUUCCGACUUCCACUACCUCUUUUGAAAUCGCAAUCUUAGCAUAUAUGCGUAUAUAUUCCAACAAAUUUUCCCCUAAUCCUGACUUGUUUUUUUGUCCUCAGACCGUCUUAACACCAUCCACCGACAGCAAGAAUAUGGACUGAAUCUGAGUUGUCCACGAUUUAGAAAGUGGUUUCAGCGCUUUUGGCUUGAGAGCGAUGUUCAAUUCCUUGUAGCCUUCAGUCGGAAAUAUGCAACAACAUAGAAGUGCUGGUCGUCUUUACGGCCUAAGUAAAGCAUGGAAUGUGAAUAGCAACCUUCUAAUGCUGGAAUUAGGGACUAGAGUAGUCGAUGUUCUGGGCAGAGCAGGAGUCAGUAGAAAGAACAGUAAAAAGCGGAGGGAGACAGAAACGUAAUGCUACAGCCUUUCUAGAAAAAUCGCAUUCACCAGCCAGCCGUGUCCCGUUGACUAAUCGUGGAGAACUAACAUGUUAACAUUUAUAAUUCUAGUGUUUGUAUUAGGGACUAGAGUAGUCGAAGUUCUGGGCAGAGCAGGAGUCAGUGGAGGAAAUAUAGAGAAAGCGGAGGGAGACAGAGGGAGAUUGCUUCAGCCUUUCUAUGAUAAUCGUAAUCACCAGCCAGCCGUGUACCGUCGCCUUAUCGUAGAAAACUAAAAUAUUAACAUUUACACUUCUCAAAACGCCUGUAUUAAUGAUUAUUUAUUAAAAUGUGGUCGUCCGGAAGACACUUGUAGGCAAGCCGUCAUGCACAAAGAAUCAGCGUUUCUCAAUAAGAGCGUUGCCUCCGUUUAUUACAACAUUACGACGGAGCGGACAUGAUUCCGCAACUCUAGUGACAGAUUAUUCGACUUGUAACGUCAGUGAGAAACGCGGUUCUGUUGAAGACCUGAACUCAUGAUGCCCUAUCUCGGAUGACAGUAAAUAAAGAGGAAUUACCAGUCCAGAUUCCCAUGGCGCUUUCAGGCACACCGUACCAGCCGUUGGUUUCUCUUUCCAAUAAAGGUGACUGAAUGGACUGCAGAAUGACAUUCAAACUGAUAUCUUAAUGACUAAUUCUUGCGGGAGAACUUGUUAAGCCAGAAUUGCAAGUGAUAUUUUUGAAAUAUCGUAUUCUUCCAAAAUGUUUACUAUUCAGUUUGCCUGGUGCGGUAUAUAUAUAUACGAGCAAAUCUUACUGUUCACAUUUCCGGUACUGAUUCUCCAGUUUUCGUACAUGACCUAUGCGCUUACCGACGAGUUGUAAGUCUUGAACGUUUAAGCAAUAACAUUUGCUUAGUUCCCAAAGAGAUGAUGCACCUCACCGACUUAUAAUAUUUGCAGACAACGAAUACAGUUUGAAUAUGCAAGCCACGGCAACGAGCUCGGAAUCCAUUCUAGUGAACUGGGAGCGACCGUCUGCCUACGUUGGAAAAGAUAUACAAGAUUACCUUGUUCACAUCUCUAUGUCUUCUGCCCUUCUCCAGCAUUCUGUGCGGCCUGACAAGACCACUUACACAUUUACCCACUUGCCGCCAUUUACCAAUGCCACGGUUGCUGUGAUGCUUAGGCUACGUGGUACUUCAAAGCCGUCUGAGUAUGAUGCAAUGUCAGUUACCACAUGGCCCACGGGUAAGUUUACGUUUGUUGUUGUUAUUAAACCGGGGGUUUAACAUAACCGCCUGACGACAGCCAGUUAUUCAGAAAUGUCCAUAAACGUAUUUUCUUUGUCGGGAUUUAUUUCUCCAUAUGUUGCAUAUUCAUGCGUAAUAAUAUAGAUGAAAUUUCAAACCCCAAGAUCUGAGAUAGCAAGAGUACGUAAGGUGAUCUCUAUGGAGGAUUGAUUAAAUAUCUGACGUUUCAUACUCGAAUAAGAGUACAAUAAUCAAAGGUGAACAAAAAAUGGGAAAUAUAUGGUUCAGAAUAACCUUGCCUACUUGCGUUUUGUAAGUUCACUACUCCUUAUAAUCCGUGAUCCUUCUUUCGUGGGUAAGUGGCGCCUAACUGCCUUGUUUGACGUUGUUAGUUAGAUCUUAUGGCCGAUCGAUUUGGCAUCAGAUUGCCUGAACUUGAUUAUGUCUCUCGCCAGUUAGCUAUCAACUCCGUAAAAGUCGAUCCGAUGACUAGUUUCCAGGAUGUUCAUGGUGACAUGCGAUCGAACAUUUUAUCACUUUAUGACUAAAGGCUGUUCAAAUAUGCGCUUUCUUAUCCAUUUGUCGGUUAUUCCGCAGCGGUUAGCUAGAGAGUUCGACGAUUAACGCGGUAAACCGCACCUGAAGUGCCCUAGGAUAAUGGCCGAUGCUUGGUCUGCACGAUAAAUGGUGGAUAAUGGCCUGCGGCUGGUGUCAAAGGUUCAUGUUGAGCGGUCUUGGCAGACGCAUCAGGCCAUAGGUCAGCAUACACCUUAAUCAAUUAGAUAAUAGCCGUGAAUCCAAAUACCAAAUGACAAGUAAUACUCGCUGAAAUUGUACACAAAACUUACCAUCUUACUUCGAAUUUAAAGCAGAUAGUACAAAAAGCCGAAGAAAACUUUUGCGAACAAAUAUCUUCGACUAUCUAGUAAAAUCGGUUCCAAUGCUAUAACGUCAGCAGCAAUAGAUAAGUUCCUGAGGAGUGUGUUCGCAGCAGUACACGACUUAUUUCAAAAUUCCAUGCAUAGAAUGCUGCCCAGAAGAAGUUAACAUCAUAAAUGCAUAUUGAGAAGAUUUCGGUUAUAUGCUUGAAUUUGCGUGUUUCAGUGGUUAACGGUGCCAUUCGUUAAAUGGCAUGACUCAACACCUAAUAAACUCACCCACAUGCCCCCUUGAUAAGAAUCAAACCGCAUCCUCCAAAUCGGAUGCAGGACGCACGUCUAUUCGGAGUUUUACUUCGAAUGCGGUAAUCGUUUUAGACAGCGAUUUCGAUUACUGUGCAUGAGUUGGGAGUAAAACGCUUCCUCAUCGGCAACUAUUGAGCGUGUAGAGAAAAUUCGUGUAUCUAAUGCAGAGGCGCGAUUUCACUCGAUUUUCGGGGGAGAAUAUUUUACGCAAUCGCAUAUCAUUUAGGCCACAAAGAUUUGUAUCUAUUUGCUACCGAUUAAUGGAUGCUGCAUUCAAUUUACUUUUACAGUUGGACAGAAAAUCCAAAACCUCAAAAUAACCGCAACGGAGCCCAGAUCUGUUCAUGCAACCUGGGAGCCGCCGACCUCGCCACAGGGCAUCAUAGAAUCCUACGAAGUUUCUUUGGAGAAUAAGGGUACAGGAGAAAGAGAAGUGCAUACAUAUUCGGAAGCUAUGUGCAGUUUCAACAACCUGGAUCCAUCCACCAUGUACAAACUUACAGUUUCUGUGCGGAAUCAACAACUUGAAGGCAAAGGCGGAGGCCUCGGACCGGCGGUGUCAGGCGAAGGGGCGACCAUGUCCUUGGGUAAGAAGAGUCUUACUGCGCACAAGCAUAUUCUCUUGCAACGUAAAUUCUUUUCACACAUUUGAGGAAAUGCUUUAUUACUAAUUUAACCUUAUCUGUUCAGAACACCAGCGAUAGUGACAACAGGGUUAUUGCGUGUGGACAGGAGUAGAAGGAGGUCAUAGCCUAACCUUAUCACCAGUUGGUCAAAUGUGCAUUUCUUAAGAAACGUUUUACGGUCGGAUGGAGUUUGGUAGCCCCACCUCAAGUAAACAAACCUUAGUCACCUCUAAUACGGGACCGAUGGUAAUAGGGGGUUUUUACAGGUGGAACCGGGAACGCACAAAUGACGAGGUCAAGUAGUUGUAUGAAAAAGAAAAGUUAAUGGGAAUGAGCGGUUGUACCUUGAAUGGUUAAGAAAUAGUUGUGUUAACCCCUAACCCUAACCCUGACCACUAACUAUAACCCCUAAUCCUAAACCCAAACCCAUAGCCAUAACUUCUAAUCCCAGCCCCAACGGUAUUGUGUCCAUCAGGUGGGGCUAACAAACCACAUCUUACCAGUUUUAAUUUUUAAGGUGUCAUUAAUUUAAGGAGUGAACUAGGCGAAAAAAGCGACCUACAAAAGAGGAAAUCGGAUAAAUUGGAAUCUCUGAUUCGCCAACUCAGAGUGCACAUUAGGGGUGUUCGCUUGUAUAAUCGUCAGCUUACCUUCUAAAGGGUGUAUUUGGGAAUCGAGAGGAAAUGACGAAAGCACCGAUCGGCACCAAGCCUCUGGAGAAAGUAUCACCGUGGUUAAUUAACUCUAGCUACAGAUACAUUCAUGAACACGUAUUCGCCUGCCCUGUUGAUGUGACUGCUUCAACGGCUGACGAGGGAGCAAGCAAAGAGGCCUGUGAUAUAAGGAUAGCAAAAGGAUUAACGGCGCGCCCUAAUAGGUUUCGCGUGAUGUGACCUGUCCCAUACAAAAUAUCAGCAGAACAAAACCAUGAGUUCAUAUCCAAAGCGGACGCAGUGGCGCCCGAAAAGGUUUUCUUUGUGAAAAGGAACUUAAUUGCGUAAAAUUCCGGCGCCGGUUUCCCAGGUCGUCGUCAGACGCAGAUUGAGAGCAAAUGUGCCGACGGCAAUUAACAUUUGGUAGUGCACUUGAAAAAUCGAUAAGUAUUGGCGCUUGUGCCCGUGAGUGGCCGCUAUCUGUGUCAUUCUGUCCGAUCGCUUCUCGUUACUUCCAUUUCUUCUCGAGACUCAAGUGCACGGCGUCCAAAUCGAUAUGUCAGUUGCAUGGCCUUGAGGAAUUCUCGUCUCGACAAUUCGGAGUUUCAUCCUAAGCAAAGGAGUGCCCCGUGCCCAGGGUAUGUAUGGCUACUUGGGACAGGUGGUCUCGCCUCUUUACUGCAAGUUGGUGUUCGUGAAUGCCCGUAGAGGUGGAUUUUCCUGUUUGACCAAAAUAAACUGCAUUGCUGGCCUCACACUGAAUCUUGUAGACGAACUCCCUCAUAUCACAAUAACCAAACCACUCCUUAGCGUGCACUAUCUGAGUACGUUGUGUUGUCGUUGGUUUGUUUGCUACCAGACUUUGUUUUUCCAUAGGAGACUUUCGACGAGUUCAUCUACGCUUUUAUUGUAAGGUAGAGUUCAUCAAGUAUUUAAUUUGGAUGCCUGAUUGUAAGAGUUUCUUUCCUUUUAUUUAGAAUCUUUCUUCAUGCAUUGGUUGGCAAGUUACUUUUGCGAAUUGUUUUCCAAAAAUGGGUACCCCAAUAAUUUUUUGCGUAAGUUUUCGACCCUGGUUCCCUGGGUCGUCGUCAGACGCAGACGGAGAGCAAACGUGGGAAUAAGAAAACAGCUAACGUCUUGAGUGCACAUUAAAAUUUAACCUUGCUUGGCGUUUGCGUUGUUUGGCGGUCGCCAUGCUUGUGAGUCCGUUCGGAUUGGCUCCUUUCUCUUCCAUUUCUUUUUGGGGUUUCUGUAGAUGGCAUCGCGAUAUGCCAAUUGAUGCAUGAUUUUUCCGAGUACAUGGCCUCGAGUAACCCUCGGCAUUGCCUGAAAGGGCAGACAGCGACAAUGGGAGCUUUGAUCAGAAGAAGAAGCGAUCGCUGGAACAAUGGCUUUAUUCGCCUGACGUUUCGGAUUCUCUCUUGAAUCCAUCAUCAGAGACAGUUGCAGUUGCAGUUUUCUGCAACUGUCUCUGAUGAUGGAUUCAAGAGAGAAUCCGAAACGUCAGGCGAAUAAAGCCAUUGUUCCAGCGAUCGCUUCUUCUUCUGAUCAACUAGUUCCUGGAACUUGCAUUUUCGCUUGUAUCGGCUAUGGGAGCUUUGUCCCAAACGAAGGUGCGCCCGGCGUCCGGGGUUUGUAUGGCUACAUGGGACAGAUGGUUUCGCCUCUUGACCACCAACCAGACUGCAUGCGUUUCAGAAAUGAAACGGCAAAGGGGAGGCGAAAUUUAGACAAAAAUGACUAGCUUUUUUACAGGAAAACUGAUAUAGAUCUUUACAACUGCUUCAUGGGACUCGUCUCUUCGCUCCUAUUGACAGAUCUGUAGUGUUUAAAAAGUUCGUAAAUCUUUCCUCUAGAGCCCUCAUAACGACGGAAUAAAGCAUGCCCUCCACAGGAUUUGCGCACUUUCUCUCUAACUCAAACUAUUUGGACUUUUUUGCAACCUUAGAAUACAUCAUGUUGACCGCAAACCUCACGGAAGACGAGCGGUUUACUAUCUGAAACAAUAAUGUGCAAACCUUAAGAGGUCGAAAUCAGUUUACGGUGCUAUCACUUGAAGAGAGAACAAAAGGGCCUCUGUUGCCAUUUUGAACAAAACAGACUACGGCAAAGGUAGGGUGGAGGUCCCCAGCUAACUUAAGGUAGCCUGUAGUGCGUGUCAAACGAAAAUUGUGGUUGGGGCACUUUUUACGAGAGGGGCAAAAGGCAGGACCGGGAGCAGGCGAAAUACAAGACAAUGCAGAAAAUGAGUGAAUUUCUGUCGAAAGCUUUAUUCUUACACUGCCACACUGCAACGAACGUAAGCGCGGUAAGUUGAAAAAAUAGACAAACGUCAAUUUUCAAGGAUACACCGAAGUUGAAUUAAAUGACGUUGAUAAGUUUGCAUUUAGUCAGGAAUACAGGAAGACGGUUUAGGGCCCCAUGUCGCUGUCGUAUACAAAACGGUCCAGAGGCUACUUCGAAUUUGUAAGGGACCUACACAAUACCGUUGUCCAGACUAGAAAGAGGAAAUUAUGUCAUUGUUAGAAGUCAGAUCUACCUACAAACCAUUCUCCACAGACCAUAUCAAGACGCAGGUUUCGUCCAUUGACAAAGUGUUAAAGCGUCUUACAGGGAAUAAGCUAUUGUCAGGAGAUACUGCUAAACCUAUAAAGCAAAUUGAGUGGACAAUGGCGAAGACCUGCGGAUUACCUAAAGUUCACAAAUCUGAGUUCCCACUGCAACCGAUAGUAUCACUAAUCGAUGCAUCUAACUACAAAUUCUGUCCAAUAGCUUCAUCCCGUUUAUGAAAACUUGUGAAAACUGCAUUGUGAACUUAACAGGAUUUUUUAAGAAAUUACAAGGAAUCAUAAUUUCUGCUGAUGGUACUCUUGCCCUCAUCAUGUUUGUGCCAUUGGAUCUCGCAGAACAAUUCACAGAGGAAAUCCUGUUAUGCCACGAGGCCGAUGAACGUACGGGUGCAGUGAGGGCAGUUAACGCAGAUGCUGUGAGUGUAGGCUGGUGCUCCAGACACUGGUUUGCCAGUCUCUGUGCGAUGGAUUCUGUAGUGAACGACCAGGACGAUGCGUUAGGGACAGUAAGGAUAGGAAAAUUCGGCGGUAUCAGCAUGGGUUCCGGAGAUUCUGGCAGUAGUGUAGCAGCUGAUGAUGGACGCAGUGGGCAACGGGUUGUGGGCUGAGUUAUGCAUGGUGGGUGUGCGGGAGGUGCGAAGCGUGUUGAGACUGCUGCCAAUUCAGCUCCCCUGGAUAUUCAUAUGCCCGAAUAGGCCGACGCGGUGAUUGAAUGUGUAGGAGAAGUGUGGACAGUGGAGGCGAAUGCGGCCAGUGUAGUUGGUGCUCCAAGCACUGCUUUGCCAGUCUCUGUGCGAUUGAUUCGCAAGUGACCGACCAGGCCGAUGUGUGAGGUGGAAGUGUGGUCGCCAUUAGGACAGGUAUGGAUCUAGUUCACAUCGAUGACGUUGUUGGUGAGGAGGUUAAUGUUUGUUGGUGUGUCAGUGGUGGUGGGCACAUGAGUCGCCAUAGAAGAUGCUGAAGAAAUGGAGUAGGAUGGUAUCGGGGGGUCAGGAAAGCGGUCAGUGUCGAUUGUCAGAGUGGGGGACGAGGUAGGGGUGGGCAGGGAGACAUCAGGUGGCGGCGCCCGAUUGCUGCAGUUGGUAUGGGGCUUUCCAGUUAAUACAAUAGGUGCGUCGGCAUUGUAGGUCGUUGGGAAAGUCGAACUUUGGCAUUGAAAGGUAGGUGAACUUGAGACUUGCUAGCCUCAUGUUUGGCUCUGGCGGCGAAGGUGCGGGUGGCUUCGUAGAUUUCCGCGCCGGUAUUCACUGUUCAUCUGAUCAGUCGGUCCCAGGCGGGGUCUUACCAGUUGCCCGGGUUAAUCUGCAGGAGCCUCACGGAGGUCUUCAGAGUAUCCUUGUGGCUCCACACUUGGCAUCAUUUUUGGCGGGAACCCAUGGCGACAUCUCCAUUGAAGAGUCGUUUGGGUAAAGGCUCAUCUUCCAUGCGCACAGGGUGGCCGCCUGAGCGCAGUUGCAGUUGUCUCAGCAUUGGGUAGAUGCUGAAAAUUCUCGUCCGUUUCAGUACGUCUGUGUCUGGGAUACGGUCUAGUCAUCUUAGCUUCCAUAUCCGUCGAAGACAGCUGAGGUGAAAAUGGUUAAGUCGCUGCACCCGCUUCUUGUUCACCGCUUAGGUCUCAGUUCCGUACAGCAGCGUCGGCAAGAUGACUGCUCUGUCCAUCUUCAGUUUGGUGCUGAUAUGAAGACCGCAUCGAUUCCCAACUGCUUUUUGAAGAUGGCCGAAGGCUUCACUGGCUUUGGAAAUCCGACUGUCCACCAUAUCGUCGAUCUGGGUUUUGCGAGGGAGGGUACUGCCCAGGUAAGUGAAGUUGGCCGAGGCCUGGAGUUAAGCGUUGAUUUGGAGUGCGAAGUAGGCAGCGUCGGGUGGUGGUUGAUGCAUAACCACCGUCUUCUCCGUGUUUGUGACCAGGCCAUAGUUGCCAUGGGCGGCGUUGAAGACGGCCAUGCUCUUUUGCAUGUCCUCUUCCGAGGUGGCGUUAAGAGCGCAGUCGUCGGCGAAGUGAAGUUAAUGAACGGAAGUUGCUGAUACACUAGACUCGAAGUGCAUCGGCCGCCAAUUGAAGAUGUGGCCGUCCGCCCUGAAGUCGUCCCGGAUCCCGGGGCGUUCGUCAAGGCAGGCGUUCAUCAGCAUGGCGGAGAACAUAAGGCUGUAGAGAGUAGGCGCGAGGACGCAGCCCUGCUUCACUUCAUUGGUCACCGAAAAUGCCUUUGAGACGGUUCCAUUGUGUGUGACGCGUCCCGUCAUGACAUCGUGGAGCUGAAGCACAAUCUGCUUUAGUCUCCCGGGACAGUCGAACUUCUGCAUGAUUUUCCCAGUCCUCUGCAAUUUACUGUAUCGAAUAUUUUCGUCAGAUCCACGAAGGUAGAGUAGAGGUGGAUCCGUAACUCCUAGAACUUCGUCGGUUGGCGGGCGGUGCACAUCAUGUCCAUGGUCCCUCGAUAAUGGCGGAAGCCUCACUGGUUUUCCAGCAGGAGACCAUGAUCCAGAUGGUUGUCCAGACGGUUGAGAAGGAUGCAAGCGAAGAUCUUCCCAGCCAUGUUCAGCAGAGAGAUGCCUCGUUGGAUGUUGUAGAGGUCAUGGUUACCUUUCCGCUUAUAGGGGUAAACGACUAUGGCGCUUUUUAACUCCUUGAAGAUCAAGGUCAUAUGAUCCAUGGGUUUGGGGGCACCGUGCAUAUAGAUAUCGGCAGGGAUCGUGUCCGAUCCGGGUGGUUUCCCGCUGAAAAGCUGCUGCACGGCCCUGAGGGUUUUGUGAAAAGAAAGCGAAUUAUCGAGGUCGGCGUUGGCCUCCACUUGAGACGGACGGGCAGUGGCAGCGUCGGAAAUGGUGGAGGGGCGGUUGAGGACGCCUCUGAAGUGCUCGGCACAUUGCCUCAAAAUUUGCAUCAUCCUACUGAGUAAGGCGGUUCAUCGGCGCUAAAAAGGGGAGCAGUUCCUUUAGCCGUGGGACCUUAGACAGCCCUGAUCGCGGCGAAAAUAUAAUUUCAUUCGUUGCGCUCCGCAUAUAUUUCAGUCUCCUCGGCCUUGCGAGCCAUUCAAGCCUCCUGCAUCUCCCUCAGCCGCUGUUGCACAAGGCGGCGACUAAGGUAGAUGACUGCCUUGUGGUCGCCGUACGACGAUUGACGCAGGCUUUGUGCAGGCUGCUCUUCUCUACAAGCCGUUUGCUGAUGGCGGCGUCGUUGUCAUCGAACCGGUCCUGAUGUUGACGACGUGCGCGGUCAAGGACAGCCAGAGGUUUCGACUGGACCGUGCGGCUUAUUUGACAUCAUCGGUUCUUCCACGGAGGCAUUGUCGUCAGCGGGGUUGGCAACUGGAUGGUUGGCCGGUUUUGAACUAGUCUGUUUUAAAAUGAAGAUGAUGAGCAUUCAAAGACAACAAAGCAAUAUUUAUUGUUGCUUUUUAAUUUACUUAGAAAUUAACUGUGAACUUGAAGUAGACGAAUGUACUUAAGAUCUUUAGGCUCAGACCGAAGAUUUUAAGCAUGCAUUUUUGGGUCAAAACCCAACAGCCACAGCGGAUAACCACAUAAUAUUCAUUAACUGCUGACAGGCUGCUAGCGGUAUACUUUUGGGUAAGGUGAAUCCAUAAUAACAGCACAGGUAAUAGCCCAAAGCCCUGCGCCGUUAGUAUGGAAUCGCCUUAUUCUAAAACAAUAGUCAAUUACCUGGGGGUUGCUAACCUUGUGGUCUCCCGCGAGGCUGUAGACGAAUCCGCAUCUUAAAGAUGACCAGACGAUGGUCGCUCCUCCCGUCGACACCUGGGAGCACGUUCCGCUAGUCUCGACCCCGGACGAGGACAUAGUCCAGCAAGUGGUAGUUUCGCGACCAGGUUGCCUUCUCUCGCGUUGGAAGGCGAAGGUGUUUGUCAGGAUCAGGCGGUGCUCUGUGCAUGUUCGUCGGAGGAGUAUGCCACUGUCUUUGGAGCCGUCAAGACAAUGGCGACCCAGCAUUCCUUUCCAGGCAUCAGCGUCUGUGCUGACGUAGACGUUGAAGUAACCAAAGACAGUUAACUUGCCCGCCUUCGGCACAGUCGCCAGAAAGGUGUGCAGGUUCUAGUAGAAUUUGUUCAUUGCCUCGUCAGGGCUGAUCAUCAAGGGAGCGUAGAGUUUGACGAUGGUGGCGAACUAGUCACAUCGGAGAUGUAGGCGGAGGCUCAUCAGACGAUCGUUGAUGACCUGCGACAGGCAAGAAAGUCGUCCUACGAUGUCGUUCGGGAUGGCAAAGUCGACGACCGCGUUCUGCCACUCCGCCUUGGGACGACCGCUCCUAGAGAAGUUGUAGCCGGCGACUAAAUCCCCCAGUUUGCCUUUUUCGGAGAAGCGGGUCACCCUGAGUGCAGUGAUGUCCACUUUGUAGCGCGCCAGUUCCCGUGCCACUAGCGCCGUUCUCCGUUCCCGCGAGUUGCUGCUUGGAUUGUCCAAAAGGGAACGAAAAUUCCAGGCUGUCAGAGUGAGCGGACUCACUCUGCCAGUCUGGCAUGUGGGACGGCGGAGAGGAGGGUGAAGAGAGAGGGUAUGUUUUCUGGUUUCAUGGUUUCGACCGCAUGUGCAGUAGUCUGCGAGCCACGGCCAGUGCGCAGUAGAUGUGAUCCCAGCAUUUGUUUAGGGCGUCUUUUCUAGCCCCGUUCCUCUCGCGGGAGUGAGCAGUGAUUUCCCUAAAUGGGGCUGCUCACACAUCCCAGACGACUGCCGGACUCCAAUAUGGGCCACGACUUUUGUUUCGUGGGAGAACGACCCGAGUUACUCUGGGCCUACUACGUGAUCGCUGUCCAUCUCGCCGUAGGACUUUUCAGUGACCGGAGGAGGAAAGGGGUAGGAUAAGGAUAGAGAGACGGAAGCGGAGUUUUCUGUCCGUCUUUAAGCCAACUGUUUGAUGACAUAUAAACGGUGAGCAGGCAGAUUCAAGAGAACGGCACUUAGCUUGCCACAUAUACAAACACAAACAAGCAGACGAAAAGCAAGCAAUAACAGGCAAGAAGGAAAGGAUGUAGAGCAACAUUCGCUUAUUUGAACGGUUAUUUACCUUGCUGACUCCUGUGGUGUAGAGACGAAGCUUAAUCCUAGGCAUGACUAUGCGGUGAUCUGUGGGAAUGUCGCUGUGGGGCAAGAGAAUGCAGUAGAGAUUAGAGACAGUGGAGGCGGAGGAGGAGGGCGGAGAAUAAGUGCGAAAAAUAAGCAAGACGACGGUCCAGUCGUGGGUCCAUCUGGUGUUCGUAGUAGGUCGCUCACUUGCUUGCAGGUAAAGACUACGCCUUGGUUUCAUUAACUGACACCUAACUCUUACAUGCAGUUCCUUGGAGCUAUGCUAUGCCUAGCAGCCACACGGCGGUAACUGCCUAGACAGGAGGACUUAACCUGAUGAGGGUACCCCUGUGUGCAUCUCCGCACAUGGUAGCAUGACUCUGCUCUUACCAUUACCGGACGGAUACAACACCGCCUCGGCAUUUCCUAGAUGAGGCUGCAUCUGCGACACCGUAGGAGGCUACCAACGCUCAGCUAACUACUGACAAGAGCAACAGUCUAUUUCUCAAGAACGGUGUGCUGUCAGAGGUCGCCUAAGCCGUGCAAAAACGCUUUGUUCUGACGAAAAAGGCCAUCUAGUUAGUGCGGAUUGCUUGCGUCAAUUAUUUUCGCAAUUGCGUACCCUAAGGCUUGUGGAUAAGUGUUAAUUAUAUUCACGGGGCAAGGGAAACCUGUGGAGAACUACCUGCAAUACUCUUAGUCGUAGGUGUUGCUCGCUAUAGUUUUUGGUUGGCCCUUCAACGGUAAGACGACAUUCGCCGACUUGAACCGCGAUGCAGAAUUGGUGCCGUUGAAAAGGUACAUUUUCCUGCACCUCCCACACUUAAUUCUCUAAUAAGAGGAAAGCACAUUUUUAUAAAGAACUUUUGGCACGAAGGCAGUCAAAAGGUAAAUAAAAUACUCGAAAUAUUGUUUGAUGACAUGCAUACGUCUGCCACUAAGGCAGGAGUACCCAAGCGUUAGUGAAAUUGUUAAAUAACAGUUGGCAUUUUCUUACCUCGCGUAUAUACGUAUUAUUUGUCGAAUUUCGUACGCAGGUGCUUGAGGCAGCAGGGAUCAAGAGAGAAGGAACCGGGUGGUUCUAAGCAAUCGUCAAAACAAAAUACUUGACAGACUUUUCCUUACAUCAUGAAUGUGACUGAACAUGUUGAAAAACACUUAAGGAAACAUCAAAUCCGAGUGGCGCAUAAGCCUACAAAUAAUUUGCACUUUCAGCUGAUACAUCUUAAGGAUAGAGUUAGGCAGUUGAAUAAGAAAGAGCCAUCUACAAAAUCCCGUAUAAUGCAUGUUCUGUCGUUUAGUGUGCUCAGACGGGAAAAUCUGCCUCUAUUCGCAUUCACUAACACCAGUUGGCAGUAAAAAUACGAGACCAUCUGUCCCAAGUAGCUAUACAAACCCCGGACACGAGGCACACCUUCGCUUGGAACAAAGCUCGCGUUGCCGCUGUUUGUCCUUCAAAUAAAUACCAAGGGCUACUAGAGGUCAUGCACUCGGAUGAACCAUGCAUCAACCGGCAUAUGGAGUUAGAUGCCGUGUAUAAAAACCUCAAUAAGACACGUGUCUGGGCUGUUUGGUACAUGGGAGAACAUCUGUCUCAUGUUUCUAUAUAUAUAUAUAUAUUAUUUUGGCUGAGCAUUCACCGGGCGGUUUAUUGAAUAAGCUUGUCCUGUGGUAACUCAAAACACAGUCAAUGGCCCUCGCAGUUAGUCCCAUAGCUAUCAGGAGUAUAUAGCGCAUAGGAGUACAAACCAAGGCAAAAGAGAUUAAGAUGGUAAUUUCAGACUAUAUAACCAUCGUCAACCAGCAUUACUGAUCCCCUGGAAUGCAGGAUCAAACACCGAAUUCUUUGCAUUUGGGUUAACUUAAGCCUUACAUUUACGCGAUAUGUUCAAACUGUUGCUUUUCUACAACAGUUGAUAGUUUCCAUCAUAACAGACAGGUUAUUCACCCACAUCUGAUCGGUGGAGUGGUGGUUUAUAUGAGCCUAUUGUCGAAGUGUCCGCCUUGCAAAGCAAAAAUCUGCAAAUAUGGAGUUGACUGGGGUUGGCAGAUGACCACUGAAUAAACAAAAGUAGACGUUUCCCAAUUUCUCAAUUUUCCCUGCACUCCUCCAUCUACAGAAGUGAUCAUUAAUAAACAGCCGCCGGUUAGGACUCAGUACUGAGCUUCAAAGCACAGAGGGAUAUACGCUUCCCAGAAACUAAUCGAUGAACACGUUUUCAACUAUAAACACAGAAAAGGUAAGUAUUAUGAGAAAAAAAUAGAAUGCGUGUCAGUUUCCACAAGGGGUAUUAUAAAAAAUCAGUGGUUACCAAAGAAUACAAUCAAGAAAAGAGAAGUCUCUUCCAAUAUACUGGAAAAUAUAAAACGGGAUUUCCUUCUUACUUACGACGACAGCCACUAAUGCAGUGAACACUAGUAAAUGAUGCAGGAAAAAAACUGACUGAAAAGCUACGCUAAAUUUUGCAAGAAAUUGAACUUCAUCAUGUAGGAUUCUUCCCAGUACUGGCGAAACAAGACGUGACAUAUUGUUGAUGUUGACAUCUAAUGACGUCUACUUUAAAACUUUAUUUUAGAUAUUGAGAGACCGACUGAUGUAAAGGCUGAAGCCAUCAGUUCCGAGAGCAUUCGGGUCACAUGGAAAGCGCCCGGUUACAAACUAUCAAAUGAGAGCGGCUACAGAGUGCUCAUUAGCGACCACGACUUCAACGAUACCGCCGUAGUUGGAAGAGAUACGUUUACGCACACAUUCUUCGGAUUGCAACCAUCCACGGAGUACGCCGUAUACGUUCAGGUUAACGACAGCGUGAGAGGGGUGCCCCGACCAACGGGAAACAGUUCGGCGAAAACAUGGCCGGCGGGUAAGUCACAUUGACCUUGUCAGGGAAAUAGUUUUUGUGGAUUUUUUGGUCGACCAUUUUUCCCAAACCUUAUAUAAAUCAUCUUUGUGAGAUGUGAUGAGACAUUCAGAGCGGACAAUGUUAAGAUUGUCAGCCAUUCGUGCUUACCAUUUCCCGUGGCAGUCAGUCGGAAGACGAAGAGAUCAUCUGAAGGAAAUUCGUCAGAGUGCAGUUUUGACCAUUUUGUGAGCAGUCGUGUUGUGCCAAAGGCCGAAUAACCAAUUUUUUCCUGUCUGAGGCAUGGCACGGGGGUGGUUAGAGGAAAAUCGAAUCUAACAGCGAAUUUGCAGGAAUUGGACCGGGGUAUAUAGCGCUGGUUUCCGUGUUUCCGCAGCAGUUCAUGUCAGUACGGUAAAUAAUAAAUAUUAUAAAGGCGUUUGGAGCUAGAAUUUAAAAUAUAUCACCUUGUAAUUCAUGUCCGUGUGACUGCACUCAGCAUUAAGAAUCUUCUCAUGAGAUCAAGGAAUACACUGGUUGAACGGUGACUGAUAACAAUAAAAAGAUCAUACUUAGACGUCCAGAAUAGUGGUUAUGUGUGCAGUAGGUCAGUACUGAAUUAUCAUAUGCAGUUAAGUAAUAACAGCAGUUUUUAUUUGAGUUCCUGAAUUAGGUUUGAGCUCUCGAGUCAACCGCAUCCAUGACACAAUGCCUAGUGCUUAAUACAAAUUGAAUUCUCUUAAGACCAUAAUACAGGCUUUAUUUGCGCAAGUUGAUUUGAAGUAUUUACAGGAGCGCAUUAGUGAAGCGUUUAGCGCGAUAAAUGAGCAGACGUGCAUACGGACUUUAGAGUAGUAGGACUACAUGUGAUGACACACCAAUCGCUAGGCACAAAGGGCCCUUGAAUGACAGAUAACGCAUUGAAUAAAACGGUUGCUUUUUAGGAAGAGAGGCAGUAUCGUGUCAGGCAGUAAUCCGAUUCUCGUGUCUAAGCAGAAAACGAAAUUGUGACCGAUUUUUGAUGAAUAUCUUUACUAAAUUUUUGGAGCUGAAUUCUCAAUACGGUCAAUAGCAGUGGUAAAUUUGUGUUUAAUUCCACAGAGUAAAUUCGAAUUCCGUUUUUGCAAAGUAUGUUUUUUUUCUCAAAUUUGUCGCCCCGGAGUUGUGCUUUAUAGCCAGUGAACGUGGAUUUAAAGGUUUCACUUUGUCAAGGCUAGCAGAAUCCCUCUAAUAACCAAGCCCUUUUGAUGCUUAAUCUAGCGAUUAUUGAGACUUAACUAAAUAUGUUUAUUAAGUCAUACAUUUUGGAAUUUCAUCGCUAAAAACUAACUUAUGCAGCCUCUUAUCUUGGUCAUUUAAAACAACAGAGAAAGUAGAGAACCUUCAUGUAACUGCAGAAGACUCCAGAUCUGCACAAGUGUCCUGGGAACCACCGACAUCAGCGCAGGGCACUGCACGGUCCUAUGGAGUUUGCGUGCAGAAUAAACACACGGGGGUAAAACAAGGGUAUGUAUUUUCUCAGCCUACGGCCACCUUCUUUAACUUGCACCCUUCCACAACGUACAAAAUAACGGUCUCCGUUCGAAACGAAAACCCCCGAGGCGGACGCGGCAGGUGCGGACCGAAGGUUUCAGGUGAAGUGUCAACUCUGCCCUUAGGUAAGCAGACUCGCACUCCUUUUUUAAUUGCAUUUCACUUGAAGUAAUUGUUUUGCAUUCAGUUUGGCCUCUGAUGCGUGCUUUACGGAAUCAGCUGCUUAAUUCGGGAUCCGAUAAUAUCGGCUAAGAUACCUUGUAGUAGUGGUAAUAGUAGUAGUAGUAGUAGUAGAAGAAGAAGUAGUAGUAAUAGUAGUAGUAGUAGUAGUAGUAGUAGUAGUAGCAGUAGUAGUAGUAGUGGUAACGGGAUAAUCGUGCUUCCUCGACAAGUUCAUCAAACCAAACUUCAGGUUAUGCAGACUGCGCAGUCCUUCUUGGACUAAAGCAGAGAGUAAAUGGUUGCGUAUGUGUACGACUGAGUCUCGAGGCUCAUUUAGAUUCUGUCGGAAGAUAAACAGUAGGGGCCGGAUUAUCGGUCCUCAGAGAAACCCGGACCCAAAACACACGCCGUGAGAUAGCAUCGAGGCUGACCUUCGGGUCCAUCUAUACGAAAAAAGCCUGUCGUUGUCAUCUGGAUAAAGACAGAUUGUGACGAAGCAAUCCCGAACCAAGGGAGAGGGAGAUGGCAUUUCACCAGCACUACCAUAGAGAAGGAAGAUUAGAUGGAGCUACACAUUCAGCAGCGAAAUAUCCUAAAUAUACAGGGUUCACGAAAGUGAGCUUAAUCUCGAAGUCCCUGCGUUGUUGACGAGAGUAAGGAUUAGUGAGUUAUGGACGAGAGGUUUGAAGAUGGUGGUGUUGUGGAAGAGGUUGCAAAUGAACAUAAAAGCUGAAAGGCUUGUUCCUGAAAUCAAUUUUUUUGGAAGGAACUACGAUCGUUAGAACAGGCAGAGGAGGGGGAAGGAGAGAAUAGAGAACUAUAUGGACGCGAGAGAUGGCGGCGGCGGAAUGAUCGAUGUUCAACUAGAGAGUUAGGUAGGACACAGGAAUGACUACUGAGCUGCACCUGAUAAGUAUUUGCACCCUUUUCAUAAGAAAGUGACUGGCUUCCAGUUAUCUGUAAGGUCGCUUGAUUAUCCAACUGGAACCGGAUUACUUGGAUACCAGAAUACCAGAAACUUAAAUGGAUUGGAAGAGCUCUGAUCCGAACAGUGCAGCGCCACAGAAUUGUUAUUCAGCCAUUGAGAGUUACCCAAUGUGGACAGCUAUGGCCUCCCGAGUAGACAAGAUGCCCGCUGUCAAUCACUAAUACGGUUGCCUUCAGUAACAAGAUAGAAACAGUCAUGGCAUAGAUGGUCAUUAUAUGAUGUUCAGGCUGACAUAGUCCAAUCUUACGCCUUUGCCGGUAAAUGUGGAUAGUCUGGACUAUACAACAGCGGUGCUGAGGCAUGUCCCAGUCAGAACACGUAGGACGCGUUGAACGCGGGACAGAAUGACUCAGUAAUACAAGUGAACAUUAGGGCUCCUAGAGACAAGUGAGUGGACUGAGACGCAAUUGUUGCAACACGUUGUAUUUGCGAGACACUUCGGAUAUACACACGGAUGCAUCAAUAAAAAGCCAGCUUUGAUUACCGUUUGCGUAAGGGUUGUAGUUUUUACAGGAAAUAGUUGUCAUGUCAUUGCGCACAUGUCGAAAUUGGCGGCUCUCGCAUUUAUUACACGUGGUGUGUUAAUUGAUUACGUGUUCUCAACCGCGUCGUAAUUUGCUGCAAUUAGGUUACGAUGGCGAUUGUGGGACCGCCAAAUCUGACAUUGAAACGGCGCUCUUGCCAGGCAAACUUUUCGAACAGCAUAUACACCCGAUGAUUAUUUCGCCUGUGGGUUGGCGAAUCAUAACUCGAGCAUUCCGCGACUCAUGAGGUUGUUACCUCUCGCAAGGAUCUCAAUCUCAUAAAAUUUGCGUGUGUGGCCAAGUUCCUCGACUUGGGAGCUGGCUUCGUUUCUCCUCACUGAUGAACAGAGGGAUUUGUUUUGUACACCAUGAAGAUGGCGCCAACAUAAUUUGUCCUAUUGCUGCUUACGUAAAAGGCCUAAGUUUCUUUUCUAACGACCGAGUGUGCCAACUGAAAUUCAUAAGAGGAAUCAAGUUGAAAGUGCCUGCAUUUUUCUUAGCCCAACUGCCGAAAGAUUCGUUUGGAGUCUAAGGGUGAAGGCCAGGAUACAAAUAUUGUUACGUCAUUGACAAAAGUCCUGCUAGAUACUUUAAUGCUGGCAUCUUAAAUACACAUGUUUGUUUGAACAUCUGGUCUGCUGAACGGCUAGUUUCGGUCUGAGAUGGACCAGGCAGGCGGAUAAUCUGAUUGCCUAUGUUAGUUCAGGUGGAAAAAUAGUCAAUGACCUAGACCAGUGCAUAUUGUCUUCUGUGCUAUUUUUAUGGUAAAUGCCAUCACACUGUAAGCGUAAAUCAAAAUGUACUAAAGAAGUUGAUUUGGCGCAACCUUUUAAAAAAUCUCAGUGGUUACUGCAGAAUACAAUCAAGAAAAAAAGAAGUCGCUGCCGACAUUCUGGAAUAAAACAGGAAUUCACUUAUACUUAUGAAGACAGCUAAUAAUGCAGUAAACACUAUUAAAUAAUGCAGGAAAAAAUUGACUGAAAAGCUACACUAAAUUUUGCAAGAAAUUAAACUUCAUCAUAAGGGAUUCUUCCCAGUACUAGUGAAAGAAGGAGCGAUAUCUUGCUUAUGUUGACAAAUAGGGGCAUCAACACGAAGACUUACUUUUAGAUAUUGAGAGACCGACUGAUGUGAGAGCUGAAGCCGUCAGCUCCGAGAGCAUUCGGGUCACAUGGAAAGCACCCGGUUACAAACUAUCAAACGAGAGCGGCUACAGACUGCUCAUUAUUGGCCAGGACUUCAACAAUACCGCCUUAGUUGGAAGAGAUACGUUUACGCACACAUUCUUCGGAUUGCAACCAUCCACGGAGUACGCCGUAUACGUGCAGGUUAACGACAGCGUGAGAGGAGUGCCCCGACCAACGGCAAACAGUUCGGCGACAACAUGGCCAGCCGGUAAGUCAGUAUGCCCUUGUCAGGGAUAUUGUUUUUGUGGAUUUCUUAGCGGUAGAUAUUUGUCAAAUUUUACAGUUAACAGUGUGAGGAAGAGGUGGAAGAUAGAAAUGAGUCUGUGAAGACGACGAAACUGGUUGUACUUUCUGUUCCUUUAUCUCACUCGAAAGCCAAAGCGGCAUGACAAGUCGUGAUUGGCAGACUAACAAACGGAAGUAUGGUGAAGUGCAUAUUACUUGCACUUAGCGACUCCACAGAAAGUAUUUGAGAUUACGUGGAUGCACAUUAGCAGUUUGUUCGUCUCUCAUAUAUUAUCUAUAAAUGCUGCCGCGCCUCUAACUCUAAUCCCUCUCAAAAAUAUAUUGUCCUCUUAAAAACCUCAGACUGUUAUUUACUAAAUUAAUUGGGAGCUCAUGCUACGGUUAAAUUAUAUCUCCCCGAGGGCAAGAUACUUUCAUGCGCCUUAUCUCUUUACUACAAAUAAUGAGUCAGAUAUAAGGGUCAUGAGAAUGGGUCGACAGUUGGUCGACUUACAAAUGUUGCUGAAGGUCAGGGUGACGACGCGUAUGUUUUUAUGUCGUGUAUGUUGCCUUUAUUAACCGGCAGGAAGUGCGGAUUAAACAACAUUGACAAACCUUAAAUAUUCAUGCUGAGCCAACUGUGAAAAAACAUAUAGGAAUUACGUGAGCCUGUUAGCCAUCUGGUGGAUUCUAGGUGAAUUACUUAGGAAAUCUUGCUUGUGCAGUCAACUUACUGUAUCAGAUUUGGUGGAUUCCAGACGUUACAGUAGGUUGGGCGGGUAAAUUGACCCAAGUGUGAUUAAACUCGAGUAGUCCGGCGGGCCACGCGGUUCCAAUGGUUAGAGCGUUGGCUGUACUAAAGCCUUUCUCUUACUGCGUGGGUUUGAAUCCCACCGAGGCGCCGACUUUUUCACAGUUGGGUCAGUAUGAAUUAUUCAAAAUUUGCCAAAACAUCAAUGAACCUAAAACAGCACUGAUGCGCAUGUAAUCAUUCCACUUUCUGGAUAAUUUCGAAACCCCAUUCAUUGAAAGCCAUGUGCACCAUUAAAACAAUUAGCUAAAACGGUUUAUCGUAGGCAAGGAAGCAUUACCGUUUUUCGAGACUAUCUACAGUACAGCACUGCAUAUUUGAUUUUGCAAUUUACGCCUUCAGAUCGACAAGCGUGUGGAAGACAAAAGCUUGCUCCUGCCGCGUGGCCUGUUCUUCAGAUUACUAGGCAUGAAGCCAAUCGACAUAGCUGGCCAGUUUAA